AUGGUAUCACGAUUACGACAAUUUGCACUUGAUGAAUUUGAGACGAUAUUGCGGGAGCGGAGGGUAGUGGAGCGGUUAAAUGAGUUGGAAGGGGUGAUUGAGAGUGCGAGGAGGAGGAAGGCGAGGGAGGUGGAUGCGGAUGUUGAGGUUGAGGGGGGGAAGGGGGGGAUUGCUCCGCACACCCUCCCCGCACCCUCCAUCCUCGCCGCGCAUCUAACCCCAAUCUACACAACGCAACAAUCGCAACUAAACGCCAAACUCCAAACGACACAAUCUCAAAACGCGAUAUUAGCAGAAGAGAUACGGAAACAGCGAGAAGAGAUUGAGAGGCUGGUUCGAGGGGUAGAAGUAGUGAUUGAGGAUUUGGAUCGGGCGAAUGCGGUUUUGGAGCGGGAGGUGGAUGGAUUAGGGAAAGAGGCGUUGGAGGCAGAGGCGGUUUUGAGGGAGGUGUAG